AUGGCGACCGCCGAUGUUGAGCUGGCCCCUGGCUGGAAUGUUAACGACAGCGCUGCUGUGCUGAGCAAUGACCCAGAGAAGAUAUAUGAUGAAUACAACUACCUGAGGCAGCAUUGUCCUGUAGCGAAGGUAGAUCGACAUAAUGGAUACUGGCUCUUGACAAGAUACGAUGACAUCAAAGCGACCUGCAGCAACAGCGACACGUUCAUUUCAUCGGUCUGUGCUGUCAUCCCAUCGGAUCCCAGGGGCAUCCGGCGGCCCCCACUGAAGUAUGAUGGGCUUGAGCACUUGCCUUAUCGCACGGCCAUUGACCGUACUCUGAAAGCGUCUCGGCUCAAGCGGCUAGAAGAGCUGAUCGAAGCUCACGCAGAGCGGGAGAUGAAGGUAAUGACUGAUCGUGGUCAUGGCGACCUUUAUGCCGAAUUUGGGGCCAAGUUCAGUGCCCUAGUUGAAAAAGAAUGGCUAAACCUCGACGAUCAUGACUCUGGACUGCUAAAAGAGACCGUCUUUCCGUUCGUGCAAUCCUGGCGUACUGGUGACUGGGACGCCGUCAAAAGAGCCAGUGAUGGCUUCUAUGAGAUCGCCAGGAGAGUGGUGGCACAGCGACGUGAGCAUCCACUUGACCCAGAGGAGGAUCCCGCAAGCAGUCUCUUCCUCGAGAAGGACCAUGAAGGCAAGCCUUUCACGGACGAGAAUAUUGUAGCCUGUAUUCGUCAAGUCCUCAUCGUGGCGAUGGUCGCACCAGCCAUUCUUAUGGCAUCAAUGGCGUGCCAUCUUGCUUUCGACAAAGAACUCCAGCAACAGCUUCGGAAAGACCCUUCGCUCAUUCCGGCCGCUGUUGAAGAGUUCGUCCGGCUAUACACUCCUUACCGAGGUUUCUCGAGGACGGCGGUAUGCCCAGUGAAGAUCUCUGGUCAGGACAUCCAACCCAAGGAGCCGAUCGCCAUGACCUACGCAGCCGCGAAUCGGGACCCGCAGCAAUUCAAAGACCCGGACAAAUUCAUCUUGAAUCGCGAGAACAUUCAGACACAUCUCGGAUUCGGAAGGGGCAAGCAUAGAUGUGCUGGAAUGGUGUUCGGGCGCGCCAUGCUGAGAGUGUUCAUCCAGACGUUGUUCCGUCAAACGAAAGACUUCGACAUGGAUGGCGAUGUGGAGUUUGCUCGCAUGGCGCCCGGCAUCAUCGAUCCGGUCGCGAAUGGCGACCAUGCCACAUCGCUGGCCUCACUGACCGCGGGGUACGACGACACGAUCCGCUUCUACCUCAACGGCACGAAAGUCGAGCUCGAUUCGAUCGACCCAGAGAUCACGCUGCUAGAGUACCUCCGUGGCAUUGGUCUGACAGGGACGAAGUUGGGAUGCGCAGAGGGAGGAUGCGGAGCCUGCACCGUCGUCGUCUCUCAGAUUAACCCAACAACUAAAAAGCUAUAUCAUGCCUCCGUGAAUGCCUGUCUGGCCCCACUGGUCAGUGUAGAUGGCAAACAUGUCAUCACAGUGGAGGGUAUAGGAUCGGUCAAGAAGCCACAUCCAGUGCAGCAGCGCAUCGCUGUAUCCAGUGGUAGUCAAUGUGGGUUCUGCACGCCCGGCAUAGUGAUGAGCAUGUAUGCUCUGCUGCGGAACAGCGGUUCAGAGCCCCACGAGCACGAAGUGGAAGAGGCAUUUGACGGGAACUUGUGUCGAUGUACUGGCUAUCGACCAAUAUUAGAUGCUGCCCAGAGCUUCAACAAGAAGUGUGGCAAAUCGAUCGCGAAUGGCGGAUCAGGAUGCUGCAUGGAGAAUGGAGGGUCUUGUGGUGGUGCAACGAACGGAGAGACCAACGGCGCCACAAAUGAGAAGAAGUUUGAACCACCGUCAUUCAUUCACUACGACAAGGAGACAGAGCUCAUCUUUCCACCUUCUCUCCGCAAGCAUCAGUUCAAGCCGCUUGCUUUAGGCAACAAGAGGAAGAAGUGGUAUCGACCAUCGACAUUACAAGAACUGCUCGAGAUCAAGCAUGCUGUCCCUCAGUCAAAGUUGAUCGGAGGCAGUACGGAGACUCAGAUCGAGAUCAAGUUCAAAGCUAUGGAUUACAACAACUCGGUUUACGUGGGAGAUAUCGCAGAGCUACGUCAGUAUGCCUUCCAUGAUGACCACGUUGAGAUCGGCGGCAACGUGGCUUUGACGGAUCUCGAGAAUAUCUGUGAUGAAGCUGUACAACACUAUGGCGAGAUUAAGUCACAACCAUUCCACGCGAUCAAGAAAGCGAUCAAAUACUUCGCCGGUCGACAGAUCCGAAAUGUCGGCACACCGGCCGGCAAUUUAGCGACAGCCUCACCCAUCUCAGACCUCAAUCCCGUCUUCGUUGCCACAAAGUCGACUUUGGUCGCGAAAUCCAUGAAGAAGACGACCGAAAUACCCAUGGAUCAAUUCUUCAAGGGCUAUCGCAAGACCGCGUUGCCUGAAGAUGCAGUCAUUGCCGCGAUGAGGAUACCCAUUGCUGCUGAAAAGGGAGAAUUCAUCCGCACAUACAAACAGUCCAAGCGGAAAGACGAUGACAUUGCUAUCGUCAAUGCUUGUCUACGCGUUGCCUUGGAUGAUGCAGAGGUCGUUAAGAGUGCCAGCCUAGUUUACGGUGGCAUGGCGCCGACGACCGUGUCAGCAACCAAGGCAGCGGAGUUCUUGACUGGCAAGAAGUUCUCUGACUUGAAGACGCUCGAAGGAGUCAUGAGUGCUUUGGAGCAGGACUUCAACCUACCUUUUGGCGUUCCAGGAGGCAUGGCCACGUACAGGAAGUCGCUGGCCCUUGGGUUCUUCUACCGCUACUAUCACGACGUUCUCACUGAUCUAGCUAGCUCAGAGAAGAUCGACAAGGAAGCCAUACCUGAGCUGGAGCGAGACAUCUCGUUUGGCAAGAAGGAUCACGAUGCUUCCAUCGCCUAUGCAGGAAAUGUUGCCGGUAAAGGCAACCCGCACGUGGCUGCACUGAAGCAGUGCACAGGUGAGGCUCAGUAUACGGACGAUAUCCCUCAUCAGAAGAAUGAGCUGAUUGGCCGCCUGGUCCUUUCCACCAAAGCGCAUGCCAAACUGCUCAGCGUGGAUCCCGAGCCGGCUCUGUCUAUGCCAGGUGUCGUGGGCUGGGUUGAUCGCCACGAUGUGGUGAGUCCUCAAGCCAACUGGUGGGGUGCUCCAGUGUGCGAUGAAGUCUUCUUUGCGGAAGACGAAGUGUUCACAGCUGGUCAGCCUAUUGGCAUGAUUGUCGCAAAUACAGCCCAGCAGGCAGAAGCUGCUGCGAGAAAGGUAUUGGUCGACUACGAAGAGCUGCCAGCAAUUUUUACAAUUGAGGAAGCCAUUGAGAAGGAGAGCUAUUUCCAACACUACCGCUAUAUCAAGAAUGGAGAUGUCGAAAAGGCAUUCGCGGAGUGUGAUCAUGUCUUCUCCGGCACAACGCGCAUGGGAGGACAAGAGCAUUUCUACCUCGAGACACAGGCGACCGUUGCCAUUCCAAAGCCUGAAGAUGGCGAGAUGGAGAUCUGGUCAAGCACUCAGAAUACCACGGAGACCCAGGCAUACGCUGCUCAAGCCACAGGUGUCGCCAACAACAAAAUCGUCUGCAAGGUCAAGCGAUUAGGAGGAGGCUUCGGUGGUAAGGAGACACGAUCUUGCCAAGUGUCCACCAUCUGUGCCGUAGCGGCAAACAAGACCAAGAGACCAGUCAGAUGUAUGCUGAACCGCGACGAAGACAUCAUGACCUCAGGGCAACGGCAUCCGUUCCUCUCAGUCUGGAAGGUUGGUGUCAACAAAGAUGGCAAAAUUCAAGCACUGCAGGCGGAUGUCUUCAACAACGGAGGCUGGUCGCAGGACCUGUCUGCGGCAGUGCUCGAUCGAGCAAUGUCUCACAUUGAUGGUGUGUACAACAUUCCGAACGUCAAUGUCCAAGGCCGCAUCUGCAAGACCAACACCGUCUCAAAUAGUGCCUUCCGAGGCUUUGGCGGACCUCAAGGCAUGUUCAUUGCAGAAUCGUACAUGACCGAGGUUGCAGACCACCUCAAGAUUCCCGUCGAGCGCUUCCGGGAGAUCAAUAUGUACAAGCCAGGCGACAGCACUCACUUCAACCAGAAGCUCGAAGACUUCUUCGUACCGCACAUGUGGAAGCAGAUCAUGGAGACCACCGCAUACGAGACUCGCCGAAAAGCCGUUGCCGAGUUCAACGCAAGCCACAAAUGGCAGAAGAAGGGCCUCGCCAUCAUCCCUACCAAAUUUGGCAUCUCCUUCACCGCCCUCUUUCUCAACCAAGCUGGCGCCCUGAUACACAUCUAUCACGACGGCUCCGUCCUCGUUGCCCACGGCGGAAUCGAAAUGGGCCAAGGCCUGCACACGAAGAUCUGCCAGAUCGUUGCCGAGACCCUCCAAGUGCCCCUCGCCAACGUCCACAUCUCCGAAACGGCCACCAACACAGUUCCCAAUACCUCCUCCACGGCCGCUUCCGCCUCCUCGGACCUGAACGGCUAUGCGGCCUACAACGCCUGCGCCCAACUCAACGAACGCCUCAAGCCCUACCGCGAGAAGUUCGGACCUGAAGCAACAAUGAAACAGCUCGCCCACGCCGCCUACUUCGACCGCGUCAACCUCUCCGCGCAGGGCUUCUACGCCACCCCGGACAUCGGCUACACCUGGGGACCCUACCCGGAGGACCCUUCCAAGGAGAACACAGGCCUCAUGUUCUUCUACUUCACCCAAGGCGUCGCCGCAAGCGAAGUCACCAUCGAUACUCUCACCGGUGACUUCACGGUCAAUCGCACCGACAUCCUCAUGGACGUAGGCCAGUCCAUCAAUCCCUCGAUCGAUUAUGGACAGAUCGAAGGCGCGUACCUCCAAGGUCAGGGCCUGUUCACAACAGAGGAAUCGCUCUGGCAUCGCGCCUCAGGACAGAUCUUCACUCGCGGGCCGGGUGCUUAUAAGAUCCCUGGGUUCAGGGAUAUCCCGCAAGAAUUUAACGUCAGUCUGUUGAAGGACGUCGAGUGGAAGAAUUUGCGAACGAUCAAGCGUAGUCGUGGCGUAGGCGAGCCGCCUCUUUUCAUGGGCGCAGCGGUGUUCUUUGCUAUCAGGGACGCUUUGGUGGCCGCGAGGAAGCAGUGGGGUGAGGAGGAAGUGUUGGUGUUGAGGAGUCCGGCGACGGUGGAGAGGAUUCGGGUCAGUUGUGCGGAUCCGAUUUUGAAGAGGAGUGAGGUUGUGGCGCGGGAGGGGGAGAAGAGCUUUUUUGUCAGUAUCUAG